UUCCUGCGUCGGCCAUGUGGGUCGGAAGUGGCUGGGAAGGGAAUGGGGGUGUUGAAUUUGGAUUUUGGAGGGGUCACUGGUGGACGGAAUGACCGGGUACACGGACUUGAUGUCAAUGGAGGAUCAGGACGCCAGGGUUCCAGCUCUGGAACCAUUCAGGGUGGAGCAGGCACCACCUGUAAUCUACUAUGUCCCUGACUUCAUCUCCAAGGAAGAGGAGGAGUAUUUGCUUCGACAGGUGUUCAAUGCCCCAAAACCAAAGUGGACCCAGCUCUCCGGGAGGAAGUUACAGAACUGGGCACCCCAUUUCCCCCCCCCAGGUGGGCUCCCCCAUCCCCGGGGGAUGGUUCCUGAGCGGCUGCCACCGUGGCUCCAGCGUUACGUGGACAAAGUGUCUGACCUCAGCCUUUUUGGGGGUCUCCCAGCCAACCACGUCCUUGUGAACCAGUAUCUGCCUGGGGAGGGCAUCAUGCCCCACGAGGACGGGCCACUGUACUACCCGACUGUCAGCACCAUCAGCUUGGGCUCCCACACCAUGCUGGACUUCUACGAGCCUCGGCAGCCAGAGGAUGAUGACCCGACAGAGCAGCCCCGGCCCCCGCCCCGGCCGGCCACCUCGCUGUUGCUUGAACCGCGCAGCCUGCUGGUGCUCCGUGGCACCGCCUACACGCGCCUCCUCCACGGCAUCGCAGCCGCCAGCGUAGACGCGCUGGACGCCGCCUCCCUGCCGCGCAACGCAGCCGCCUGCCCCUCGGCGCAGGCUGGAGCCCGCCUGGUCCGCGGCACCCGCGUCUCGCUGACCAUCCGCCGCGUACCCCGCGUGCUGCGCGCUGGCCUCCUGCUCAGCAAGUGACGCCUGGACCCAGGACCCGCUCGGAUUCCCGAGCUCUCGCCUGCUCCGGACUGCUGGCGCCCUGUGGGCAGAGGGAGUUCCCCCCGGGUUAUUUUCCCAGUACCUGUGAGGGAACCACAGGAAAAGGCCCCAUUCCAAAUAAACCACCAACAAAACAA